AUUUGCCUUCUAUCAUUUUUUUUAUUAUUUUAUUGCUUCUAGUUAAUUGAACCUUAAUCAGAACAUUAAAUGUAUUAAGUAAUUGUUGCUCAUCUUUAUUCUUCUAAAUUUAGAAAAAAUUGUUCAACAAUUUGGUACGUUUAUCUUGAUAUUCUCAAGAAACAUGUUCAUUUUAUUAUUAUUAAAGAACAUUUUUUAAUUCUAGUUCUAAUUUGUUCUGGACCAAUUAACCUUCUUCACCUAGUGAUCAACGGAUUCUAACCAUUUCAAUCAUCUAUAAUUAACAAUGAGCAUCGGGAUAAUUAUUCCAGCUGCUGGUACUGGUUCUCGUUUUGAUAAUUCACCACCCAAACAAUUUGUUAAAGUUGAUGGCCUACCUUUACUUUAUUAUACAAUAUCUACAUUUGUCAAAUUAUCGUCAACAGUAUUUCGAAAUGGUUUAACUGUUGUUGUAGUUUGUCCCGAAGGAUAUAUGAGUCUUGUCCGAGAAGAGGUUCUGUCAUAUUUUUCAAAUCAACUUGAAAAGGGAUCACUAACUGUCAUCUUAGGCUGUGAUAGUAGACAUCGUUCAAUUAAUACAGCUUUGAAUUACCUACACAAAAGACCAGAUCGACCUGAAUUAGUUAUUAUUCAUGAUGGAGUCAGACCGAUGGUAGACUCAAAUUUACUGUCCCAAUUAAUUGAGAUGGCAAAAGAAAAUGGGGCAGCAGGACCGAUUUGCGAUUUAAUAUCAACUACAGUAAAAAUUGAUUCAGAAAAUUUUGUCUCCGAUAUACUUGAUCAUAAUUUGUUCAAACAAAGUGAAAUGCCUCAAGUAUUCAGAUACGAAGUGAUUAAAAAGGGUUAUGAUGGAGCAACUGAUUUCGAUCUUGAUAAUGGCACUGAAUGUAUGGACUUGGUACGAAAAUAUACCGAUGUCAAGACCAAAGUUGUUCGAGGAUCUCCUUCUAAUCUAUUUAAAGUUACUUAUAAAAAGGAUCUUUAUGCUGUAGAGGGAAUGCUAAAAGAAAUAAGGACCAUAAAAUUAAUACCAAUGUCUUCAAGCGUUGAUGAUGAUUUCUUGCUGAUUGAACGAGUAGAAAAGGACUUGAAGAAACGCUUCAAAAAAGUCUACAUUGAAACAUAUCGAAAUGGUCACAAUCAAUGUGCUCCAAAUGAAUCUUUAGUCUUUUUCUGGUUCCUUGAGAGUUGGUCAGCCUUCAAAAACGAAGAAAAAUCUAUCCUAAGAGGACAAAAGUAUUCUAAUUGGGCCCAUGUUAUUCUAUUCCACCAGGAAUUAGAGGAAUCUGAAUAUUGUGAUGUUGUCCGUUAUACUAAAUCAAGUACAGACAAUUACAUUUUAGGAUCAAACAAAAGUGAUCCAGCGAAAAUUAUUAAAUUUUUGGGAACUAUGCUUUGGAAUCACGAUCACUUCAGUGGUUAUGUUCAUUUUCUAUGACUAUAUUGAUAUUAUCUAUCAUCUAAUUGGUUGUUUUUUUUUCAUUAAUCCAAAUUGUUCAGUCUUUUUGCCAACACCAAAACCAAACCAUUUACCACCAAACAAACAUCCAAAAACACAAUCACUUACCCUGACAAUUGUUAUACGAACAUUGUUUACAAUGUUUCCAAUAAAUUAUCACAAUAAACAAUAAUUUUUGAUUUAUUGUUCAA